AAAUCGUCAUUUCUUGUUUCUUCCGGGAGCUGUCACAGCUGCACUCAUGAACCUCCAGCACAACGCUGAAUGAAGGACUAAACAACCUUGCUUAUUAAUAUAAUAGCGAUUAAGCAUUAAUUCACAACCUGCUGUAUUGUUUUAUCUGUUUGCAUAAACCCAAAUGCCCAUAUAUCGUUGCAUGGAAACACCCUGCACAUUGGGACUAUGGAAAGACGUGAUUCCUGACCUCAGCUCCAGAAUGUUCAGACGAUGUUGGAGGAAGUUGUGGCAUCCAGGGAGGCCCUAUACUGGCUCAGUGCCUUCAAACCCUGAUUCUGAGUUCAGAAAUUCAGAGAUAUCAACCCAAAGUGAGAGACCCUUACACACACCAGUCAUGGUAAAGGAAGUGUUGCAGUUUCUGGACAUCAAACCCGGGCAGGUUGUCCUGGACUUGACCUUUGGGGCUGGAGGUCACUCGAAGGCCGUCCUGCAGUCUGUUCCUGGUGUAACGGUGGUGGCGGCAGAUUGUGACCCCACAGCUUUCCAAAUUGCUCAGCGUUUAGCUGAAGAAUACCUGGGCCAGGUGAAGCCAGUACUAGGGAGGUUCAGUGAGCUGAAUAACCUGCUCCCAGUGUUGGGUUUGGGUCCAGGAAGUGUGGAUGCUGCUCUACUGGACGCUGGUUGCUCCUCCAUGCAGAUGGAUUCAGCAGAAAGGGGCUUCUCCCUCAGCAAGGAUGGACCGCUAGACAUGAGGAUGGACGGAGACAGGUACCCCAACAUGCCCUGCGCGGCUGACGUGGUCAACGCCUUAGAUCAACAGGCGCUUGCGUCCGUGCUGGCCGUGUACGGGGAGGAGCGGCACACCAGGAAAAUUGCGGCGGCCAUCGCACAGGCACGCAGCGUCUACCCCAUCGGCCGGACCCUGCAACUGGCCAGCAUCGUAGCAGGAGCAUUUCCUGCUAGUGCGCUGUAUGCCCGGCGUGACCGCCUGCAGCGGCCUUCACACGUUGCCACCAAAACUUUCCAGGCCUUACGGAUAUUUGUAAAUGACGAGCUCAACGAGUUACACGCUGGCCUGAAUGUGGCACAAACUCUGCUCCGUCCCAAGGGGCGACUUUGUGUUCUCACCUUCCAUUCCUUGGAGGACCGGCUUACCAAGCGUUUCCUGCGUGGAGAGGACCUGGCUGCCCCACCACGCCGCAGCAUUCGCCAGCGAGCCAAAGCCCAGCAUGGAUUAGAAAAAGAGGAGCACAAGGAGGAGGAGGAAGAAAACGAAGAAGGGGAGAGGGGGCGAGAGAGCGCACAUUGGGUCAGUCUGAAGAAAGUGUUAAAGCCAACUGAGGAGGAGGUGCAGGAGAACCCAAGAGCUCGAUCAGCUAAACUCAGAACAGCAGUAAGACGAUAGACGAUGGUGAAAAUUCAAACACAGUAACUGAAACUGAUGCUUUUUACUAGAUUGCUAAUUUAACUUUUCAUAUGUAGUUUCAGAACAAAAUAAACAAUAGCACUCCAGAAUUUGUUUUUGUAAUUUGUUGUUGAAAAUGUUGGUGGCGUGGGCAUAAAUUCUGGAUGGAUUGAACAUGGAGAUGUUUAGUUCAUGAACACUUUGCAUAUCUGGCUGAGUGUAGGUAUGUUAGAUAUUUUUAUUUUUUUAUUUAUUUUCCAUGUUUUGUUCUAUUUUGUUUUCAGUUUAGUUUUUAUUUCUAAAUUAUUUUCAGUUUUUAUCAUUGUUAGUUUUUGUUCAGAUGUAUUUAAUUAUUUAGGUUACUGGUUUAGGGCUGCCAAAGUUAAUUUGCUAACUGGUAUUAUUUUUAAUUAUUUAACGGCAUAAAAUUUCCCAGCACAGUGUAGUGUUAUUGCUAUCUAAUGACAUUUUAAUGGAUAAUACAGAUGGGUUGUAAAGGUUUCAAGUUUUAGAAUAUAAACACUAAAACCAAAAUGAAAGUCAGCACUAAAUGAAAAUUCACAUCUCUUCUAAAUGCAUGUUGUUCAUCUUAUUGUGAACAUGCACAUUUCAUGUAUUAACUUUUCGGUAACACUUUACAAUAAGUUUCAUUAGUUAAACAUUAGUUAAUGUAUUCACUAACAUGAACUAACCAUGAGCAAUACAUUUGUUACUGUAUUUACAAAUCUUCGUUAACGUUAGUUAAUGAAAAUACAGUUGUUCAUUGUUUGUUCAUGUUAGUUCACAGUGCAUUAACUAAUGAUAGCAAGAUUUUAAUAAUGUAUUAGUAAAUGUUGAAAUUAACAGAGAUUGAUAAAUGCUGCAGUUCAUUACUAGUUCAUGUUAACUAAUCUAAUGAACCUUAUUGUAAAGUGUUACCAACUUUUCUUUUAAAUUCUUAAUCAAACUGUUGUAACUCAAACUACCAGUGAAAUGUCCCUGGUGACGUAUGCUGGAUUUCUCCAAUCAAUUAGUCCACUUAAAUCAAAGCCCUUUCUUACAAUCAAAAGCUUUCAGAGCUCUGUCUCCGUCCAGUCAACAACUGAUGAACUAAACCAAGUCCAAUAAUUAGUCUUACUUGUACCUGUAUGUGUAUCACAAAUGGAAGAAAAUAGCUGUCGCUACUUACUUUUCAUCACAACUUGAGGCCAUUUUUAUUUUAUUAUAGUUAUUGUUAAAAAGCUAACUGUAUGGAGGCACUCAAAGUUGUAGCCAUCUCAUAUCUGCUGAGCCGCCACUUUCCAUUGAACCAAUAAAUAAUAGACCUUACAACA